GUGGGGAGACAAGAGCAACAGGGUACUGGAUUGGACACCAGGACGAAUCAUUUCCUGUAAAGGAAAGGAAACCGGGGUUGGUGAGGUCUGGGGGCAAGUGUGGUGGUGGAAGGGACAGGUUUGUUGUAGGACAGUCAGCAACAGGAAGUGAAGGUUCAGGAACAAGCAGAACAAUGACUCAUUUACAAGCUGGUCUCUCUCCUGAGACCCUGGAGAAAGCUCGCUUAGAACUCAAUGAGAACCCAGACACACUGCACCAGGACAUCCAGGAGGUGAGGGAUAUGGUCAUCACCAGGCCGGACAUUGGCUUUCUACGCACGGACGAUGCCUUCAUCUUACGCUUUUUGCGGGCCAGGAAGUUUCAUCACUUUGAGGCCUUCCGCCUCCUGGCCCAGUACUUUGAGUACCGGCAGCAGAACCUGGACAUGUUCAAAAGCUUCAAGGCCACUGACCCUGGUAUCAAACAAGCACUGAAGGAUGGCUUCCCUGGGGGCCUGGCCAAUCUGGACCACUAUGGCAGGAAGAUUCUCGUCCUUUUUGCUGCCAACUGGGAUCAGAGCAGGUACACACUGGUGGAUAUUUUGCGUGCCAUCUUACUUUCUUUAGAGGCCAUGAUUGAAGAUCCUGAGCUUCAAGUGAAUGGAUUUGUUUUGAUCAUAGACUGGAGUAACUUCACCUUCAAGCAAGCUUCUAAACUUACACCAAGCAUGCUGCGGUUAGCUAUUGAAGGCCUUCAGGAUAGUUUCCCAGCACGAUUUGGAGGAAUUCAUUUUGUCAAUCAACCCUGGUAUAUCCAUGCCCUAUACACCGUGAUCCGGCCUUUCCUGAAGGAGAAGACUCGGAAAAGGAUAUUUUUGCAUGGUAACAACCUGAACAGUCUACACCAACUAAUUCAUCCCGAGAUCCUGCCCUCUGAGUUUGGAGGAAUGCUGCCCCCUUAUGAUAUGGGUACAUGGGCAAGAACGCUGCUAGACCAUGAGUACGAUGAUGACAGUGAAUACAACGUGGACUCCUACAGCAUGCCUGUGAAGGAAGUAGAAAAGGAACUCUCUCCCAAGUCUAUGAAGAGAUCCCAAUCAGUAGUGGAUCCUACGGUACUAAAACGCAUGGAUAAAAAUGAGGAAGAAAACAUGCAACCUCUGCUCUCUCUGGACUGAUAACUCUACACUCCCUAUGGUAUUAGAAAUAGAAGGUACUUGUUUUCAGCAACAAGGACAGCACUGGGGAAGACUUACCAGCUGGAAACCUAUUUAUUCAUGUUAAUGUAGCAUAAUAUAUAAUAAGGUGUCAGGCUUUCCUGUUUGCCUGAACCAUGGGUGCCCUGAGAUGGAUUGAAAAAAAAAGUCAAUAAUUUAUUCUGUUAAGUGCCAAGUUCUUUGUAAAUACAAUGUAAUCUUCAUGUCAAGUUUGUAAAUUUUGGUAGUAACUUAAUUUGGAAAAGAUUGGCUCAUAAUUCCAUGUCAGCGAUAUGAUCUAUAACAAAAAACAGAAAAGAAACAUAAAAGAUCACAGUGAAUUAAGUGUAGCCUUGUUUCCUAUGAAGCCAUAUUUCAGAUAUCAUAGUGAUCGUUUCAUUGUUCUUCUCUGAAACUCUGUCAGUAUUCAGACGUUCUUUAAUGGGCACAGGGAACUAGACAAUUCUAGGAAAUUAUUAUGAUAAAUGUAUUUCCUGUCUAGUGAUUUUCAUUUCACAGAAAAUGUGUGCUAUCAGCUGUCACUGGCCUUGCAUUUUAGAGACAAGGAAUGGCAGAUGAGCUGGUAAAAUGAACACUUGAACUCUUCUGUUAAGUCCGGGAGCCUUGUGAAAAGAUAUAUCUCCCCAAUUAAGAUGUGGAAUUCUUUUUAAACUGCUGUAUUCACAAUGUGCCCUUUAUUCAGGACCCCUUUGUAUCUCUGUCUGAUGUACUUUAAGAACUUCCCCCAAAAUACUCUUCUACCAAGAGAAAGAGAACUCAUUUGUGAAUAGUGUUUCGACAGCUAAUUUUGAACAUAAAAUUUGCCACUUACAGAUAAGAUACUAAUUUCUAAUUCUUGUGCACUGGUUGAAAAAUAUAUAUUCACACACACACAUAUAUUUUUAUUGAGCUCUAAUGAAUCCUUGAUGUGACAGGCUUAUGAAAAUAAAUCAUACAUAUUAAAUUGUCUUAUAGAUGUUAUAGAUUAUUAAAUGAGAUGCUAACUCUGGAAAACCACUUCCACUAAGUUAAUGAAAAUGAGGUAUAGUGAAACAGGCUUUCAGUGAGCCUAUUUAAGAGCAUUCUAAUUUGAUUUGUAAUGCAAUCUUGAAUCUGUUCCAUUUUAGUGAAGUAUUUUUUUCUUCAAAGAAGCAACAGAUCUCAACAUAG